CUCAGCGACGAAGCGCUCCUACGUCCCUACCACAGCCACGGUAUCCAGGCCCCGAAAACGCGCGGCUUCUCCAUCUCGAAAUGUCUGCGAUCUAUAAUCUCGAGCCUCAGCCUACGGCUUCUGCGAUUCUGCACACGACGCAGGGCGAACUCUCGAUCGAACUCUUCGCGAAGCAAACCCCGUUGACAUGCCGAAAUUUCUUGCAACUGGCUCUCGAUGGCUACUACGACAACACAAUAUUCCACCGGCUAGUACCCGGCUUCAUUCUACAAGGUGGCGACCCUACCGCUACAGGCAACGGCGGAGAGUCAAUCUAUGAUGGAGGGGCGUUCAGCGGCGAUUUGGAUCCAUGGCCGAUGGACCAGCGCCUGGGAAAGAAUGCAGGGCCGACGGGAAUCAACUUCAAGGAUGAGUUCCACUCGCGGCUCAAGUUCAAUCGCCGUGGUCUGUUGGGAAUGGCCAACGAGUCGCGCCCUAAUACCAACGGCAGCCAGUUUUUCUUCACCCUUGACAAGACUGAGGAGCUGAACGGCAAGAACACCAUGUUCGGUCGCAUCGCAGGCGACACUAUCUACAACUUGGCAAAAAUUGGCGAGUCGGAGGUUGACAGUGCGACAGAACGACCCACCUACACCGUUAAGAUCGAAAGGGUCGAGAUUCUGGUUAAUCCUUUUGAGGACAUGAAGAAGCGGACGAGAGUCGCUGCGCAGGCGCCUAGCAAGGUGUCCGCGGGGAAAGACAAGAAGAAGAAGCGAAAGGGAGGAAAGCAACUACUGAGCUUUGGGGACGAAGAAGGCGACGAGGACGUGCCGGUCUUCAAGAAGGCCAAGUUUGACACAAGGCUUGUAAUGGAAGAUCCAGAAGGAGAUGUGCAGCCCAAGGACAAGCCCGCCAAACAAAAGAAGAAGAAGGAGCCCCGUCCCAGGAGCGUGACACCAGAGUCAGAGGAGGACCGGGAUGAACAGGGGCCAGUGCGAAAAUCUCAACCAGAGAAGAAACCUGGCCCCGCCCGUCGAUACGAAGAAGAGUUGUCGCCUGAACCGGAAGCGCCCAAGAAGACUGCAUUGGAACGAGCCAACGAAGAGAUUGCGGCCCUGAAAGCGUCCAUGAGGCGGACGAUUCACACCGAGCAGCCAGUCGAGGAGAAAAAGAAAACAGCCCUUGAGUCGAUGAUACCCGAAACCUCGAUGAAAGCCCGUAAACGACGACCUGGCACCAACAACGCCACGGCCAGCGAUGAGCAGAGGACUCUUCGCAUGUUAAAAGCGUUCCAGUCGAAGCUGGAAAAGGCCCCACCGGAAAAAGACACUACGACCUCCUCGCGUCAGGAACUGGAAGAGGAGGACGGUGCUCCAGGCGCGGAUGACGAAGCUGCGCUUUGCGAUUUACAUUUCAUCGCCAAUUGCCAGAGUUGCACUUCGUGGGACAAACAAGGCAAUGAGGAGAGCGACGACGAGGGCUGGAUGUCACACUCUCUUAGCUUCGCGGCGGAUAAACUAGGCAAGGACCUCAAAAACCGAAAGAAGGCUGAAGAGGAGCUGGUGGUCAUCGAUCCGCGCGAGAAGGCGCGAACGCUGAAGGAGGAGAAGCGGGCUGAAAGGGAUGCUCGGCAAGGCAAGUCGGGGAGGGCGUGGGACCAAGCCCGAGACCAAGCAAAGAAUGCUCAGAUGGCUCGAGCUGCAUCGCUUGCUGGAAGAGGUGCAAAAUAGGGCUAGCUCUAGUUGUUAUCUGUUGGUGAUUGUCUGUAGUGUAGGGACUGUAUUGUAGGGACUGUAUAUUAUUGUCCUUGGCGAGUGAUGUAAUAAGGAUAGGAGGAUAGGAAGAAGCUGCGAUACCCAGCACAAUGCAACCAGAUUCUAUUGCG